CUGGAGCAACAAAACCUUCGAAGAAAGACUAUCAACAUCGCUAUAAGACCAAGAACUCAAGAAGCAGUAAUGCCUACUCAAGAAGAUUCUGAUCUUAAAUAAAAGAAAUAGUUCAUACGAAACUCCAAUGCAAAUUCAGUUAAAAUAAGUUAAAUAAAAAUGAACAUAUCGCAAGAAGAACUAAAAAGAAAGAGGAGAAGAAGAAUAAAACUACAAUCUGUAGAAAAGGUGAUAAAAUCCUAAAACAAAUGCAAAAAUUGACUAAAUAAGUUACAAGCCAGAGGCUACAAGAAAAUGGUCCAGAAAGGAUACCUCUCAACUUCAAUGACUAAUAUUUAUACCGCAGGUGAGACACCUGCUGGGGGAGGAUCAGUUUAUUCAAAGACUCCUAAUGAAAGAAAUAAGAAGAGGCUGCAGAGUGCGGUUAGACCAAAGAAGACAGACACAAGUCUCAUAAGCUAUGCUUCCAAUAAAAGAGUGUCUAGGAUGAAUAAAGGACUUGUGCAGACAAACAACUUCAUUAACCCCAUUUCUUACGAUGUCAAGGAGCAUAAGGAGUUUUGUAACCUCACACUUUAUUUGAACGAUUAUCAACGCAUGAGAGAAGGAUCUACUCAGAAAAAUAACAAUAGGAACAAGACGAGAAAUGGAAAUAGGCAGAGAGGAUUCGAUCUAGAUUUCGAAAGUUAUAAGAAAAUGAAAGUCCAAAACACUUAUUCGUAUUUGUAUAAAACAGAUGUCAAAGCUAACUUACUUAAAAUGGCUAAGAAAUACUCUAAAAGAAUCGCUGAUAAUGAUGACACAAUUCUGACGGAAGAGGACACUCAACAGCUUAAGCAAGAGAUUAAAAAGAUUAAGGCAGUUCCAAGAAGAGAUAGGCCAAUUCUGAAUUAAGUCUUCCUUCGAAUUUGACUCAACUGUCGGAGAUCCGUCUUCUAAUCAUAAACGGAGACCCCACACUUCCAAAGUGUUUGAGUCUAGAAGGACUCGUCUCAGAAGUAAACCUGCCGAUUCCUGAAUCAAACCCAAGAGUGGUCUCAAGCUCAACCAGAGCCACAACAAAAAUAAUGGAGAGCGUUCAACAGCUUCGAACUUGCUUCUCAAGUCUGUGGACGAAGUGUCACCUCUCGGAAGAACCAGAGUCAAAAAGCGAAUGAAGCGAGCCAAAACAAAAGGUCUCAGCAAGAAGCCCCACAAAAUCAUCCAGAUGUGUAAGAGCCAGCUGGACGACACCAAGCUUUUCAAGAAGAAAUACGAGAAAGUCAUCAAGAACGACACCAAAACCUUUACCAAGUUGAAGAUCGACGCUUUGAAAAUCCAAUCAGACAUUGUCCUCCAAAACUUUCUGUACUCGCGGAUGAAGAAGAAACUGACUCGCAAAGAUUUCUAGGCAGACUAUCAGACAAGAGCAGUUCAAUGAUGCAGCACUUCAAAUCUUAAGUUGACACACUUCAAUAU